AUGGCUCACAAUCUUAACAUGCACCCCUCAACAUUGCAGCUCGUACAGCAUUCUGGUAACCUUCCCAUGGUGGCCAAACCCUUUAUGGAAUCCUCUCUGAUACUCUUUACAUUUCUGGUGCGCAUAGAUUACCUUAUAUUUCCAUUGGAGGUCCUAUCUUGGGGGCCAAUGGCAGUUAUCCCUGUUGCAGCUAAAGCCCUUCCUAACCUUAUGGCAUGUGUUCUUCUUAGUAAUCUUGGAGCAUCCAUUACAGAAGUAGCACAGGAUGCUCUUGUUGCAGAGUACGGGCAAGAAAAAAAUAUGAAAGGCCUCCAAUCUUAUGCAUUCAUGGCAUCAGCUGCUGGUGGAAUCCUUGGUAACUUAAUAGGUGGUUAUUUCUUAAUGAAAACACCACCAAGAACCAUGUUUCUCGUAUUUUCAGUGUUACUUUCCGCUCAACUUGCAAUUUCAUUGAGAAUAAGAGAGGAAUCUCUUGGUUUACCACAAUUGCCAGAUCACUAUCUUAUAAGGAAGCCAAUCUUUGAAAGUAUUAGAAAACUAUUUUCUGAGCUGAUGAUGGGAAUUCAAGAGGAAAGUAUUGUCCGUCCUCUUACUUGGAUAGUAGCUUCUAUUGCCAUGGUUCCUGUCCUACUGGGGAUUCUGAAUGAGGUGUUUGUUCUUCGUUUUUCGGGGUUAGCAGAAAUUAUUGCGCAAUUCAAAAUUUUACCUUUCACAGUGCUAUUUGCGAGUUUAUGUCCUCGAGGUUGUGAAGGAUCUCUGACUUCUUUCUUAGCAUCAGCCUUGUGUUUAUCAUCAAUAGCUAGUGGGUUUUUAGGCGUUGGAUUGGCUUCUCUGAUUGGAGUAACAGCAGGCGACUACUCAAGCCUGCCUUUUGGAAUUCUGGUACAGUUCAUUGCGGCUUUACUUCCUUUAGGAUGGCUUUGUAAUUUACCCAUGUCAGAAGCUGUUGUUGGGAAGGAGAGGAAGAGAGGUUUGAGUAGAAGAAGUCAGAAAAGUAGAAGGGUGGGUAGAGUGGUAUAUGGUUCAGUUUUUAUCUACAGACGCGAGAGAGAAUCUGAGGCAUAA